GAGGACGGAUUUUGCUCGAUCCGAAACGACUCUCGGGCAGGUCUCUAAUUAUCCUCAAACGCCCAUCGGCCAGGCCGUUUCUUUCGACUUUGAUCUCAACAAUCUCUCGGUGAGCACGAGCAAGGUGCCGACACUUCACGGCCGUGCCUCAGAUGAAGCCAUCACACCCAUCAAUCGCGAACCUCGCGUUGAGAAGAGCGAUCCGACAGCGGUCCCCCCAGUACCAGAAACGCCGCCAAAGGCCAAGAUAAAUGCUCGCGAGCUUCUCUUCAUCAUAACCGUCUGUAUGGCUCAAUUUCUCACACUUGGCGGACUUGGCCAAUCUGUUGCACCGCUUUUCAUCAUUGGCAAGGACUUGGGUGUUGCUCCAACCGAUCUUGGAACGAUGAGUUGGUACACUGCAGCAUUCAGUUUGACAGUUGGUGCAUUCAUCCUGCCCGCUGGUCGUUUAGGAGAUAUGUACGGGCACAAACGUGUUUUCAUCAUAGGCUGGAUAUGGUAUGCCUUGACGUCAAUCAUCGUUGGCUUCAGCUAUGCUCCAAAGACGAAUGGAUCUAUCAUGCUCAGCGUCACACGCGGCUUUCAGGGGAUCGGACCCGCGAUUCUGGUGCCCAAUGCCAUGGCGCUCGUAGGUACCACAUUUCCUAUGGGGCUGAAGCGCAAUAUGGUCUUCUCGGCGUUCGGUGCCUGCGGUCCCACUGGUUUCGUAUUCGGAGCAAUCUUUUCUGCUCUAUUGUCGCAGUUUGCAUGGUGGCCUUGGUCAUUCUGGGUGCUUGCCAUAAUCUGUGUCUGCAUGGCGGUGUUGUCCUUCAUGGUCAUACCAGCUCCGGUUCCGCGAGCAGUGAACAACUCAACCUUCGACUUUGCAGGCGCUUGCACUGGCGUUUCUGGGCUUGUCUUGUUCAACUUCGCACUCAACCAAGCUCCUGUGGUAGGAUGGAACAAGACCUACAUCCCGUUUACGUUGGGCAUUGGGGUGAUGCUACUGAUUGCCUUCGUUUACCUCGAGAUGAACCAUGCAAAGCAAGCCCUGGUGCCUGUUCGUGGUCUCAGCAAAGAGGCUGUUCUGGCGCUCUCAUGCAUCGCUGCUGGUUGGAGCAGCCACGGUAUCUGGCUCUUCUACCUCUUCCAAUUUGUGCAGCGAUUCCGUGGAUCCAGUGCCAUUGCUGCCGCUGCCCAGAUCUCUCCAGUCGCCAUCACCGGCGUCGGCUUCGCCAUGUCCGCCGGCUGGCUAGCGCGAAAGUUCAAGACAUCGUAUCUCAUGCUGUGCGCUAUGCUCGGCUUCUUCAUCGGCUCCUUGUUCCUCGCCUUCGUGCCCGUACACCAAACAUACUGGGUCCUCACCUUCUGGAGUGUCGUCGUCAUGCCCAUCGGCAUGAACUGGAGCUUCCCAUCCGGCACCAUUCUGCUCAGCAACGCCAUGGCCAAGGAACAUCAAGGCAUCUCUGCUAGCUUGGUGUCCACUGUGGUCAACUACUCUAUCAGUAUCGGCUUAGGUAUCGCAGGUACCGUUGAGCGAUACGUGAGCCAGAAACACGGGCCCUUGUGGGGGAUCCGAGGAGCUUGGUGUCUUGCCCUCGGUCUCGAUGCCAUCGGUGUCGGUAUCGCUGUGUAUUUCGUCGUGAUAUCACGACGGAAGCCAUAGUCAUAGAUGCAGAGACAGAGCCUCAUUCCCAUCGGCCACUUUUGAUCGCCAAGCUCCGUCUGCAUGGCAGAG